UAUUCCCAUUAACAAAACACACCUCGGAUUCUGCCUCCCAAAGCAACCUCUGUGAGUCUUUUUCACCUCAUCUCAACUCCCUGCUCCGGGGUUCCAGUGCAAUGGCUGCUCCGGCGGCUCAUCGGUCGCUGAUUAUUUUGUUGGUGGCGUGGAUGGUGGUCGAGAAUGGUGGCGCGGUAACGGCGACGACGUCGUUCUUGUCGUCGAAGCUGAUUCACAGGUUCUCGGAGGAAAUGAAGGCGCGUAGGGGUCAGAGAAACGGCAGUGCGGCUGGGUCGUCUUGGCCGGAGCGGAGGAGGAGCGUUGAGUAUUAUCAGGCGCUGCUGAGCGCCGACUUUCGGAGGCAGAGCAUGAAGCUCGGCGCUCGCUACCAGCUGCUCUUCCCCUCCCAAGGCAGCAAAGCGAUGUCGUUCGGAAACGACUUCGGAUGGUUACAUUAUACCUGGAUUGACAUUGGGACACCGAAUGUUUCAUUUCUUGUUGCUUUGGAUUCUGGGAGUGAUCUACUUUGGGUUCCAUGCGAUUGUGUUCAAUGUGCUCCCCUAUCUGCAAGUUACUAUAGUACUCUGGAUAGAGAUCUGAAUGAGUACAAUCCGUCUCGUUCAAGCACCAGCAAGCAUCUAUCUUGCAGCCAUCGGUUAUGUGAAUUGGGUCCAAACUGCAAAAGUCCCAAGCAGCCAUGCCCUUACACUGUAGAUUACUACACAGAGAACACAUCAAGUUCUGGAAUGCUAGUUGAGGACACAUUGCAUCUUGCAUCAGGCGGUGGCAACGCAUCAAACCCUUUUGUCCAGGCUCCAGUUGUUAUAGGUUGUGGUAUGAAACAAAGUGGUGGUUACUUGGAUGGUGUGGCACCAGAUGGUCUCAUAGGUCUGGGAUUUGGAGAGAUUUCAGUUCCAAGUAUUCUUGCUAAAGCAGGACUGGUCCGAAACUCUUUUUCUAUGUGCUUCACUGAGGAUGAUUCUGGGAGAAUAUUUUUUGGUGACCUGGGACCAGCCACCCAACAGUCUACUUCAUUCCUGCCUUUAGAUGGAACAUAUAAAACCUACAUUGCUGGGGUGGAGGCUUGUUGUAUUGGAAACUCUUGUAUUAAACAGACAAGCUUCAGAGCACUCAUUGAUAGUGGGACAUCAUUUACAUUUCUUCCAGAUGAAGCAUAUGAAAAAAUUGCGAAGGAGUUUGACAGACAUGUCAAUGCUACAAGGUCUAGCUAUGAAGGAUCUCCUUGGAAGUAUUGCUAUAAGUCCAGUUCACAAGAGUUGCCCAAGGUUCCAUCUGUGAUACUCAUGUUCCCAUUGAACAACAGCUUUGUGGUUGACAAUCCUGUUUUUAUGGUCUAUGCCAAUCAGGAAGUUGUUGGUUUUUGUUUAGCCAUACAGCCAGCAGAUGGAGAUAUUGGAAUAAUUGGACAGAACUUCAUGACGGGAUACCGGAUGGUGUUUGAUAGGGAAAAUUUGAAGUUGGCCUGGUCUCCCUCAAAUUGUCAAGAUCUCAGUGAUGGUAAGAUUAUGCCCCUUAACUCUCCUCCACACGGCACACCAUCAAAUCCAUUGCCAACAAAUGAGCAGCAGAGCACCCCUGGCGGCCAUGCAGUUGCUCCUGCUGUUGCUGGAAGAGCUCCCUCCAAACCCUCAGCUGCCUCAAGUCAGCUCAUUAGAGCUAGCUUCUCUUUGUUAAGAUUGGUGCCUCAGCUGCUUCUACUUUUAAAUAUUAUACCAUCUCUGACUUGAAACCAGAUACUGGCAUCUUCUGAUAGAUCUUUAAUUAUUUAGGUAGUAUUACAUGUAAAUCCUGGCUUUUUCUCCUCUUCUUCUUUCUGUCUUUCCGGGUUUUUUUUUUUUUUUCCUUCUCAAAUAUAUAAAUAUGUAGCUGUUUGUCAUCCAAUGCCAUCAAUUUUUACCUUAUGGGUCAUUGGAGUAGUUGGGGAUUGUGGAGACAUCUUUUGUAUCUCUCUCUCUCUCUCUCUCUCAGUAU